CUACCCGUGACUUGCCCCCAGCCACUGUCCAGACUUCUUCUCCCUAAAUCCUGCGGCCACCUACAAUUCCCAACUCUUCCCAAUGCUUUGAACAGCCCCUGCAAACCCCAUAUCUCUUUGGUCAGCCCUCUCCAGUGGGUUCUGGCAGCACACCAAGUACUCCAGCAACCCCAGAAAACCCAUCCGCAGGCAGCACUAUCCCUUUGGACCCACACCACUCUUCUGCCUUGACCGACCCUAUUCCCCACGAGACUGACAGCAAUAGCCUCCCCCCCCCCCCCCGACCGACAGCAGCAGCCCCCCCUUGCCCAACAAUAGCUCACCCCUUUUCACUAAUGUUCACCCCAUGCAAACCCGAGCGAAGUCUGGAAUUUUUAAACUCAAAACAAUUUUUACUUUAAAUACUGUUGUCAGCACACCUGAUCCACUUCUUUUUCUAUUGCAAAUAAACAUCUUAAGUGGCGGGCAGCGAUGGCUAAGGAAUUUAAUGCACUUAUUGCUAAUCAUACAUGGGAUUUAGUACCAUUUGAUGCUAGAAAAAAUGUUGUUGGGUCUAAAUGGAUUUAUAAGACUAAAUACUUGGCUGAUGGGUCUGUGGAUCGCUACAAAGCACGGUUGGUUGCUCAGGGGUUUAAUCAGCAGGCAGGUAUUGAUUUCACUGAAACAUUUAGUCCUGUUGUUAAACCUACUACUGUUCGUCUUGUUCUUACAUUAGCUGUCUCAUUUGGUUGGCCUAUACGCCAACUUGAUGUUAAAAAUGCUUUUCUUCACGGUCACUUAACUGAUUAAGUCUACAUGCGUCAGCCACCUGGUUUUGUCCACCCUCAGUUUCCCAAUCAUUUGUGUCGGCUUCGCAAAGUCAUUUAUGGCCUUAAACAAGCACCUCGUGCUUGGUUUCAUCGCUUUAGCUAGUAGUUUCCUUCUUUCUCAUGGUUUUGUAUGCAGCCAGUCUAAUAAUUCUUUGUUUAUUUUUCGCCGUCACUCUGAUGUUAUAUACCUGUUACUUUAUGUUGAUGACAUUAUUGUUACAGGUAAUUCUUCUACAUUAGUUACUCAUUUUUUAUCUCUUUUAGCUAAGUGUUUUGCGAUGAAGGAUCUAGGCGAUUUGCAUUUUUUCUUGGGGCUACGUGCGAGUCGUACAUCCACGGUCGAACUAAACUUUCUCUUACUGAUGGAGAGCUUCUUGCUGAUGCCACGGAGUACAGGAGUAUGGUAUCUUCAGGGAACAUCCAUGCAUGGCCUCCUUCUACAAAAGUCUUAGGCGUCUUCCGUGAUAACUGCUUACUCUGAUGCUGAUUGGGCUGGAUGCCCGGAUACAAGAAGGUCCACAUCUGGUUAUGCAAUAUUUCUAGGACCGAAUCUCAUCUCCUGGAAGUCCAGGAAGCAACCCACAGUUUCCAGAUUCUCCACUGAAGCUGAAUACCGCGCUGUGGCUUUUACUUUUCAAGACACACUUCACAUUCGAGCUGUUUUAUUUGAGUUGGGGUUUCCGGUUCGGGAGCCUACUACCUUAUUUUGUGAUAAUGUCUCUGCUUCUUAUCUUUCGGUUAAUCCCGUUCAGCAUGCUAGAAGUAAGCAUAUUAACAUUGAUUAUCAUUUUGUGCGGGAGCGGGUGGCCCAUGGUGAUCUUUGUGUCAAGUAUGUUCCUACACAGGCUCAGUUGGCAGAUAUCUUCACUAAAUGCUUGUCUCCACAACGUUUUACUCUUCUUCGUGACAAUCUGCGCAUUGUUUCCCCUGCACAGCUUGAGGGGGUGUAAUAGAGUAGUUUUAAUAUUAUUAUUAUUGUGGGACUCUUUAUGUAAUUAUAACUCUUCUGUCUAUAUAUAUAUCUGCCAGGGCUACCAUUAAGGUUAAGCCUGAUAUUAUUCUUUGUUGCUGUAAAAAAAAAAGCUGUGUAGUACUACGGAGUAUAAUUUUCUUUGUUGAUAUAAU